AUGGGAAUGUCAUCGAGUUUCUUAGUUACUUUUGUAGGUAUUCUAGUUCUUGUAAUUCUCAUUCAAGCUAAGGGCCAACAAGGAUUCAUCAGCAUAGAUUGCGGAGAAGCAGGUGUCAACUAUACUGAUUCACUAUAUGGCAUAAACUACGUUUCGGAUGCACAUUUCAUAAAUACUGGUGUGAGUGGGACAAUAUCAUCUGAAGAUAUAAAGAGACGAAGUAGUCAACGACAGAUGUGGAGGCUGAGAAGCUUCCCGGAAGGAAAAAGGAACUGCUACAAAAUAAGCGUCACAGGAGGCUCUAAGUAUCUCAUACGCACUACUUUUCUGUACGGAAAUUAUGAUGGCCGAAAUUUGUUACCAGAGUUUGAUCUUCUUCUCGGACCUAACAGCUGGGAUACAGUCACUAUAUUCAAUGCAUCAACGGACGAAACCAAUGAGAUCAUUCAUGUACCUUCACUGGAUUUCGUACAAAUCUGUCUAGUGAACACAGGCAAUGGCACACCGUUUAUAACAGCCAUAGAAUUGAGGACUUUGAAAAAUAAAGCAUAUGUCACUCAAUUCGGAUCACUGGAACUUUACAAUAACUGGCGUUGCGAUUUGGGUUCAAACAUAGGCUACAGGUACUCGUAUGAUCCUUAUGAUCGUUUCUGGUUGCUCUGUGACUUCAUGGAAGAUUGGACACGAAUAAAUGCUUCGAUUCCCGAUGAUUCUUUAAAUCAGAUUGAAGAACCGCCAGCUAUUGUGAUGAGCACCGCAGUUGAACCAGCAAAUGAUAGUGCUCCGUUGGUAAUAAGCUGGGAGCCAGAACAUGAAACUGACCAAUUCUAUGUGUACAUGCACUUCAAGGAAAUUCAAGUGUUAACCACGAAUCAGACAAGAGAAUUCAACGUCAUGCUGAACGCUACUGAAUUAUGGUUUCCAAAUUGUUCUCCACGGAACUGUAGAACUCUAUAUUCGACGUCAGCCCUUAGUGGGAAAGAACUUAAAUUUUCACUGGAGAGGACUGAAAAAUCAACCCUGCCUCCCAUCAUAAAUGCCAUUGAAAUUUACAGAGUAAUAGACUUACAGAAACCAGAAACAUUCCAAGAAGAUGUUGAUGCGAUUACUACCAUCAAGUCGGUUUAUGCGCUAACAAGAGAUUGGCAAGGCGAUCCAUGCGCCCCUUUAGCCUAUUUGUGGGAUGGUCUCAAUUGUUCUUAUCACCGAAAUCAUUCGCCAAGAAUCACAACUUUGUAA